UGCAACAGUUACCUGGCUCUUGGCCUCAGUCCAGCUGAAUCAAGUUGAGACCUGAAAAGAGAUCUUGGAUCCUGUGGCAGUGCAAAGACCCAAGAAUGCCAGUCAAGAAGAAAGAUACUGACCGAGCUUUAUCAUUACUGGAAGAAUACUGCAAAAAAUUAAGGAAACCAGAAGAACAACAGUUGAAAAAUGCUGUUAAAAAGGUGAUGGGUAUCUUUAAGAGCAGCUUAUUCCAAGCUUUGCUAGAUAUUCAAGAAUUUUAUGAGGUGACAUUGCUAAAUUCUCAAAAAAGUUGUGAUCAGAAGAUAGAAGAAGCCAAUCGAGUUGCACAGAAAUGGGAGAAGACAUCCCUUCUUGCUCCAUGCCAUGACAACCUUCAAAAAUCUGCAGAGCUUACAGAUUGCAGUGGGCCGAAAGAAAAUGCUUCAUGUAUUGAGCAAAAUAAAGACGAUCAGUGUUUUGAAAAUGAAACUGGCAAAAAGACAAGACAAAACCAAGGCAAAUGCCCAGCCCAGAAUUGUUCAGUGGAAGCCCCUGCUUGGAUGCCUGUCCACCACUGUACUAAGUAUCGAUACCAAGAUGAGGACGCUCCACACGAUCAUUCCUUACCUCGACUAACCCAUGAAGUAAGAGGACCAGAGCUGGUGCACGUAUCAGAAAAGAACCUGUCUCAAAUAGAAAAUGUCCAUGGAUACGUCUUGCAGUCUCACAUCUCUCCUCUGAAGGCCAGCCCUGCUCCUAUAAUUGUCAACACAGAUACUUUGGACACGAUUCCUUAUGUCAAUGGAACAGAAAUUGAAUAUGAGUUUGAAGAAAUUACAUUGGAAAGGGGGAAUUCUGGCCUGGGAUUCAGUAUUGCUGGAGGGACAGAUAAUCCCCACAUUGGAGAUGACCCUGGCAUAUUUAUUACGAAGAUUAUACCGGGUGGUGCUGCUGCAGAGGAUGGCAGACUCAGGGUCAAUGAUUGUAUCUUGCGGGUGAAUGAGGUCGACGUGUCAGAGGUUUCCCACAGUAAAGCCGUGGAAGCUCUCAAAGAAGCGGGGUCUAUUGUUCGCCUGUAUGUGCGCAGAAGACGACCCAUUCUGGAGACUGUUGUGGAGAUCAAACUGUUCAAAGGACCUAAAGGUUUAGGCUUCAGUAUUGCAGGAGGUGUGGGGAACCAGCACAUUCCUGGAGACAACAGCAUUUAUGUAACUAAAAUUAUAGAUGGAGGAGCUGCACAAAAAGAUGGAAGGUUGCAAGUAGGAGACAGACUGCUAAUGGUAAACAACUACAGUUUAGAAGAAGUGACGCAUGAAGAGGCAGUAGCCAUACUGAAGAACACAUCCGAUGUUGUUUAUCUAAAAGUCGGCAAACCCACCACCAUUUACAUGACUGAUCCUUAUGGGCCACCUGAUAUUACUCACUCUUAUUCUCCACCGAUGGAAAACCAUCUACUCUCUGGCAACAAUGGAACUUUAGAAUAUAAAACUUCCCUGCCGCCCAUCUCUCCAGGAAGGUACUCACCGAUUCCAAAGCACAUGCUUGUUGAAGACGAUUAUACCAGGCCUCCGGAACCCGUUUACAGCACUGUGAACAAACUGUGUGAUAAGCCUGCUUCUCCCAGGCACUAUUCCCCUGUUGAGUGUGACAAAAGCUUCCUUCUCUCAGCUCCCUACCCCCACUACCACCUAGGCCUGCUCCCUGACUCUGAGAUGACCAGUCAUUCUCAACACAGCACUGCAACCCGCCAGCCUUCAGUGACUCUCCAGCGGGCCAUCUCCCUGGAAGGGGAGCCCCGCAAGGUAGUCCUGCACAAAGGCUCCACUGGCCUGGGCUUCAACAUCGUGGGCGGGGAAGACGGAGAAGGUAUUUUUGUAUCCUUCAUUCUGGCUGGUGGACCAGCAGACCUGAGUGGGGAACUCCAGAGAGGAGACCAGAUCUUAUCCGUGAAUGGCAUCGACCUCCGCGGAGCAUCUCACGAGCAGGCCGCCGCUGCCCUGAAGGGGGCUGGACAGACGGUGACCAUUAUAGCACAAUACCAGCCUGAAGAUUACGCUCGAUUUGAGGCCAAAAUCCAUGACCUGCGCGAGCAGAUGAUGAACCACAGCAUGAGCUCCGGGUCCGGGUCCCUGCGAACCAAUCAGAAACGCUCCCUGUAUGUCAGAGCCAUGUUUGACUAUGACAAGAGCAAGGACAGUGGGCUGCCAAGUCAAGGACUUAGUUUUAAAUAUGGAGAUAUUCUCCACGUUAUCAACGCCUCUGAUGACGAGUGGUGGCAAGCCAGGAGAGUCACGCUGGAGGGGGACAGUGAAGAGAUGGGGGUCAUCCCCAGCAAACGGAGGGUGGAAAGAAAGGAGCGUGCCCGGUUGAAGACAGUGAAGUUUAAUGCGAAACCUGGAGUGAUUGAUUCAAAAGGGUCAUUCAAUGACAAGCGUAAAAAGAGCUUCAUCUUUUCACGAAAAUUCCCAUUCUACAAGAACAAGGAGCAGAGUGAGCAGGAAACCAGUGAUCCUGAACAACAUGUCUCUUCUAAUGCCAGCGAUAGCGAAAGUAGCUACCGAGGGCAAGAAGACUUCAUUCUUUCUUAUGAGCCUGUCACAAGGCAGGAAAUAAACUAUACCCGGCCAGUGAUUAUCCUGGGCCCCAUGAAGGAUCGGAUCAAUGACGACUUGAUAUCUGAAUUCCCCGACAAGUUUGGCUCCUGUGUGCCUCAUACCACGAGGCCAAAGCGUGACUAUGAGGUAGAUGGCAGAGACUACCACUUUGUCAUUUCCAGAGAACAAAUGGAGAAAGAUAUCCAAGAGCACAAGUUCAUAGAAGCUGGCCAGUACAAUGACAACUUAUAUGGAACCAGUGUGCAGUCUGUGAGAUUCGUAGCAGAAAGGGGCAAACACUGUAUACUUGACGUGUCAGGAAAUGCUAUCAAACGGUUACAAGUUGCCCAGCUCUAUCCCAUUGCCAUCUUCAUUAAGCCCAAAUCUCUGGAACCUUUGAUGGAGAUGAAUAAGCGUCUAACAGAGGAACAAGCCAAGAAAACCUAUGAUCGUGCAAUUAAGCUAGAACAAGAAUUUGGAGAAUAUUUUACAGCUAUCGUCCAAGGAGACACCUUAGAAGAUAUAUAUAAUCAAUGCAAGCUUGUUAUUGAAGAGCAGUCUGGGCCUUUCAUCUGGAUUCCCUCAAAGGAAAAGUUAUAAAUUAGCUACUGCACCUCCGACAAUGACAGAAGAGCAUUUAGAAGAAAAAAAUAUAUAUAAUAUACUACUUGGAGGCUUUUAUGUUUUUGUUGCAUUUAUGUUUUUGCAGUCAAUGUGAAUUCUUAUGAAUGUACAACACAAACUGUGUGAAGCCAUGAAGGAAACGGAGGGGCCACAGGGUGGGACAGAAAAGACUUUGCAGUAUGCAGGAAGGCUUUGGUUUGCUCAAAGUGCCAGGUGUAGGGAUGAACCUCUGAUGGGCUUUCUGCCCAAGAGAUGGGCAGCCUCCUCACCCCAGCAGAUGUCCAGAGCUGAUUUAGCUGCUGAGCUCUCUGUGUCUUUUGCUUUAAAGAAAAGUUGCCAGCACUUGAACUUCACCAACCUUCCCAUUACCCACAUCUGUAAUUGGUACACUUCGAAUUUUAUAACUAUGCACACUCUUUGAUUUCUUAACGAGCAAAAGAAAGAAACAAGGAAAAAGGAAAGGAGUCCCUUUGGAGACAGCAUAUCAGGGAAGGAUAAGUGUGUAGUUUCUUUGACUGGCAUCUACAAAGACGAGCAUUUCAUAAAAUUCACAAGUGUAUGGAGGACUGACCUCACUGAGAGGAGGGGAUUCACUGAGGGUAGCUUUAUGAUUGUUUAUUGUCUAUUUUGCCAUUUAUAAACUGAAAGAAGGCACUAAAGAUGAGAAUAAUUUAUACAAUAAAAAUAUAUUAAAUGUAUAGAAACGAAUUUCUAUAGGUUAAAAAAGUUUUGUGAAAUAUUUUGUAAAGACUAAUUGAGAGACUAAAUGUAUGCACUAUCAGCAGAUGAUCAAAUUCAAGAACUGAAAGUUGCACUCUCCCUUUUGUUGCCAAUGAUCCAUUAAGAGCAUCUGAGUUCCUUCCAAAGUCUGACAAAGACUUCUCCCUCACUUACCUCCCAUGAUCUCCCUUCCAUAUUAGUAACACACUCUCAUGGAGCACAUCCCUUAAUGAGUUGCCCUUGUGGGUAUUUUUGGAAGACUUUUGGUUAAUGCAUUUUUAAGCUGAUGGCUUUCAGAGACAAACUCAUUCAAAUGAUCUAAAGGGAAGUUUUUGCUUUUAUCUUGUUAAACAACCUGGGCCUGCCAUGCAAAUAGUUGAAUAACUUUGUUCCUAGUUACGUACAUGCAAUUCUCAAAGGAUCAUUUAGUAUUUUGGCCAACCAUGAGUAAUUAGGACUUUGUUUUUGUCUGUUUCACAAGUAACUGAGGGUUUUGUGACAGCCAGAGAUGGUAUCGAGCCAUGGAGAGAUCUGUCCCAAGAAGCACUGUUCCUUUGAGGAAGAGAGAAGUAUCUGGUUGGGGGGGUGAGGGGUGCAGACUUUGUUUCUGUGUACAGGGCAAAGAGAACCACAAGGAAAGAUAAUUAACAACUUUGAGCUCAACCAAUUGAACUGCCUUUCUUGGGGGCUGCACCUGGACCAAGUUUAUUUUUUAGCAAUUAUAAUAAUGAUGAUUUAAAAAACCUCCCAAAGCCUAUAUCCCACUUUAGAGCUGAUGAUGACAUCAGCAUUGCUUGUGCCCAUGGUGUUUAGAGAGAGACUUUUUGGUGAUCUCAAUAACCACUCAACUGGGUUCUAUGCCUGCCCAGACUAAGCCCCAUCGCCUUAUUUCUGGGGUACAUCCAGACCUGGCAGGGAUUCUGCCACACUGUGCAGCAAACCAGCAUGCAGGCUGGCAUGGGAGAGCGAGAGAUAGAGCCAUCAGCAGUGAUGGGGCUUCUUCCCAGUAAGAACAUCGGAGCUCAGAAUGAGGGUCUCUUUCCAAAACCAAGUGUUGUUCAUCUUACGCUAAGCUAACUACCACCGUCUGCCUCGCUGCAGUCACCAAAACAAACACAGAAAUGCAAAAUUAUUCAUCUACCUAUAGUCUUGAGGCUGCCUUUGCCAACGGAAGGGCUAGCAAUGCAUUUUCCCUCUGAUGAAAGUUAAAUCUGGGGGGACUUCCUCAGAAUGCUCAAAACGUUAAAGGUAUGUCCGUGGCUGCAAUUCGCCAGUUUCAGAUCAAGGCCUACUUUCAUCAAUAUUGCUGCCAGAAGUUUUCUGCCACCAGAAUGCCAUUCCUGAUCCCAGCUCUAUUUUUAGGCCACCAUACUAACUUCUUUGGUUUCUCAACUGAGCAUGCAACCAUUUAUUUAAAGGACUGUCAUUAAUGAGUAGAUGUUUCCGCGGGUCGUGUGAUGUGCUUUCCAUUUAAUAUUAAGUAUUGCUGUGGCUGAGUACAAUCAAAUUGAACCACCAACCCUUGGUUUUGUAGUAAUAUAAUUAUUUAUUUUCCUAGUGUAGAUGCUUCCAGAUUAGAAUUGGCAUUUGCACUGAUUUUUUUAUGUAGAUUUAUAUAAAUAUAUAUAUACAUAUAUAUUUGCUUGAAGAAUCACCAAGCGAAUUGGUGAGAGGGUCUUUUCCUAUAGAAUUUACACCUCCAUUUGUUGUGUUGUCUUGCGCUUCCCAAUGUUGAGGUCUCUAGGGCUCCAACGAACUGGUGUAUUUCGCAGCAAAUCUGAUGAUUGUACGGAUAUGGCAGGAAAGUUACCCAGAUUACAUCUGGUGCAAAUGCACUUGGAGCCUGGGGCCAGACCGGUGCUAACACUGCAAACUUUGUCCGGAGCUCUCUCCAAUCUGAAGGCUUGCUGGGGGCGCAAUGUCACCUUCCCAUGCUGGGCCCUUUCGGAAAAGUGCCAGAUCGUGUCACUGGUGCUAUUUUUCAUGCUCUGGUACAAUGUGUAGCACCACGGGGGUCUCAGCUUUACCAAAAUCAAAAUCACACUUGUCAGCUAAUUGCAGGGGCAUUUGUUUUUUGCUCUCCUCCCACGGGAUCUGUUGGCCCUUUCUUUGCCGGCCUCUCCCUGCCCUCGCCCCCUCAGCCCCAAGUUCUUGGCUUGGCUCUGUCUGCUCAGUGAGCCCAGCUUUACGAAGCCGCACUCAGGUGCCUGUGAGCUGUCUUAGAUCCUACUGCCAGCCCUUCCAGACUCUGAGCCAGGGAAAAGCCCUCCACUCCUAUGGCUCUCACCUCUGGUUUUCCCUCCUUCUUUUCCUCUGCUCUCCCCCUUCCAUUUCUGUCUCAUCCCAUCUCUCUC